GUGAAUCAACUCGAGAUUAAAGUCGAUGCAAACAUGAAAUUAGCAUGCUCGAAUCGUUUGCUUGUGCUCGCUUGUGUUAUUGUGCUGCUGGCGCUGGGCGAGCCGAGCGCGGGCAGCGCGGAGAGUGCGGUUAUUGGUGAUAUACGAGAUAAGUGGUCCGCGGACGAUGGCCAACAGCAGCAGCAGCAGCAGGAGAAGCAGGAGCAGCCAAAGAGGGAGCUGCCAGCGCCAGAGCAGCAGCUGCUUUUUCCAGUUGAACAAUUCAAGAGCUACACGGCCGUGAGGCAUCAUCACAAUAAUCACCACCAUCACCAUCAUCAUCACCAUCAUCAUCAUCAUCAGCAGCAGCAGCACCAGCAGCAGCAGCAACGAAAGCAUCUGCAUCAGCAUAAGCAUCAGCGACAGCAACAGCUGGGCAAACACUCGCACUGGCUGCACUCGGCCACGCCGGCAACAUUUCCUGAUUAUGUCAACGACGAGGAGCUGGCGGAGCGGCAGCCGCCACAGUUGGAGCAACAUGUGGUGGAGCAGCUAGACUAUGUCAAUAAUCAUUUUGAUUUGGAGGGCUAUCAGCGCUAUGCGAACAUCGAGCUGCCGCUCAGCAUGUCGCCCGCUGGCGGUCCCUCGACGCGCUCCGGGCGCCAUCGUGGACGCCACGUUACGCCACACUAUACCAACAGCAAUAGCAACAACAACAACAAUCAGGCCAACAAUCUGAUGCUGCCACUGAUAUCGGAGCUGGGCGGCAAAUAUUUGCGUUCGCUGCCCGACUCGGUCGACUUCCUGCAGGAUCGCCUCUAUGCCAGCCAGCCGCAGCGCCAUUGGCCGGUCAAGCGCGAAGCAAUCGUCGAGGGCGACGUCAUAAUUGGCGGCCUCAUGAUGGUGCAUUCGCGCGAGGACAGCAUCACCUGCGGUCCCAUCAUGCCGCAGGGCGGCAUCCAGGCCCUGGAGGCCAUGCUCUACACCAUCGAUCGCAUCAACGAGAUGCAUCUGCUGCCAAACGUAACGCUAGGUGCGCACAUACUCGACGACUGCGACAAGGACUCGUACGGCCUGGAAAUGGCUGUGGACUUUAUUAAAGGCUCGAUUAGCAACAUAGACGAUGCCGAAUAUCAUUGCAACAAGACGCAAGUGCGUAAGGUGAUAUCGGGCGUGGUGGGCGCUGCCUCAUCGGUCACAUCCAUACAGGUGGCCAAUUUGCUGAGAUUGUUUCGGAUACCCCAAGUCUCGUAUUUCUCAACCAGCCCGGAGCUGAGCAACAAGCAGCGCUUCGAGUACUUUUCACGCACCAUUCCCUCCGACCACUACCAGGUGAAGGCCAUGGUCGAGAUUGUGAAGAGCAUGGGUUGGACCUACGUUUCGAUUAUCUACGAGGAGAGCAACUAUGGCAUUAAGGCAUUUGAGGAGCUAGAGGAGCUGCUGGCACGCCAUAACAUUUGUAUUGCCAUUAAGGAGAAGCUCGUCAAGGAUUCGGGCGUGGCUGAGGAUAUUGCAUACGAUAAUAUUGUACAGAAGCUGCUCACCAAGCCGCGUGCGCGAGGCGCCAUUAUUUUCGGCUCGGACCAGGAAGUGAGGCAAGUGAUGCGCGCGGUGAGGCGUGCGAAUGCAACAGGCGCCUUCUCCUGGAUUGGCUCCGAUGGAUGGAGUGCACGAAAUCUUGUCUCGGAUGACUAUGAGCCAGAGGUGGAGGGCACACUGUCCGUGCAGCCGCAGGCUAAUCCCGUGCGCGGAUUCGAGGAAUAUUUUCUCAACCUGACCGUGGAGAAUAACCAGCGCAAUCCCUGGUUUGUCGAGUUCUGGGAGGACCACUUUCAGUGCCGCUACCCGGGCAGCACCAGCACGCCCUACAACAACUACACGCGCACCUGCACCACCAAGGAGCGCCUCUCCCGGCAGAACACCGACUUUGAGGAUCAGUUGCAGUUCGUUAGCGAUGCGGUAAUGGCAUUUGCCUAUGCCUUGAGGGAUAUGCAUCGUGACUUGUGCGGCGGUCGGCCCUCGCUCUGCGAUGCCAUGAAGCCAACGAAGGGCGCGGAUUUACUUAAAUAUUUGCGUAAAGUCCAAUUCAAAGGCCUCAGCGGCGAUGAUUUUCGCUUCGACGGCAACGGCGACGGACCAGCGCGCUAUAACAUCAUCCACUUCAAGCAGUCGGUGGCGGGUCAGUAUCGCUGGGUCAAGGUGGGCGAGUACUACGAGGGCGAGCUGCGCUUGAAUAUGUCCGAGGUGAAAUUCAAGCUAUUGCAUCCGAAACCACCGGAAUCCGUUUGCAGCCUGCCCUGCGAGCGCGGCCAGGCCAAGAGAUACGUCGAAGGCGAGAGCUGCUGCUGGCACUGCUUCAACUGCACGACCUAUCAAAUUCGCCAUCCCGAUGACGAAACGCAGUGUGUGCUCUGCAAAAUGGGCACGCUGCCCGAUACGCACAAGGAGUAUUGCCGGCCCAUUCCGGAGGUCUAUUUGCGACCCGAGUCCGCUUGGGCCAUUGGCGCCAUGGCGUUCAGUGCGACUGGCAUAUUGAUAACGCUCUUUGUGGUGGGCGUGUUUGUCAGGCACAACGACACGCCCAUUGUGCGCGCCUCGGGUCGUGAACUGAGCUACAUUCUUCUGGCUGGCAUAUUUAUGUGCUACGGCGUAACCUUUGCCCUCGUCCUCAAGCCAACCAACAUUGUCUGCGCCAUUCAACGGUUCGCCGUGGGCUUCUGCUUUACGGUCGUCUAUGCCGCAUUGCUGACCAAAACGAAUCGCAUAGCACGCAUCUUCAAGGCUGGCAAACAGUCGGCCAAACGGCCCUCGUUCAUUAGCCCCAAGUCGCAGCUGGUGAUUUGCACGUGUUUCAUCAGCGUCCAGAUACUCAUUAAUGGUGUUUGGAUGGUAAUUGCCCCGUCUCAUGCCAUACACCAUUAUCCGGUGCGCGAGGAUAAUCUGCUGGUGUGCGACUCGUACAUCGACGCCUCCUAUAUGAUUGCGUUCUCCUAUCCCAUCGUCCUGAUUGUGGUCUGCACUGUCUAUGCGGUGCUCACCCGCAAGAUACCCGAGGCGUUCAAUGAAUCAAAGCAUAUCGGCUUCACCAUGUACACCACCUGCGUCAUCUGGCUGGCCUUUGUGCCGCUCUACUUCGGCACCGCCAACCACGUGCCGCUCCGCAUAACGAGCAUGUCAGUGACCAUUAGCCUGUCUGCCAGCGUGACGAUUGCGUGUCUGUUCUCGCCCAAGGUAAGAGUUGGGGCGAGGGGCCCAGCAUGGGGCAGACUAUUAACAAUUUAUGCGACGUCUGCGACGUCAGCAAAUGCGCGAAUUGAUUACGAAUCUCGAACAUCGUUAAUUGCCCUUGUUUCCCCAUUAAUUAUUGAGGCGAUAUUAGGCAGCCUUACAGCU